GCGGGGAGCUGUGAGUUGUUGUGAAACGCAGAUAUGGAAGAAAAUCACUUGAAGUCCAGACUGAAGCGAAAGAAGUCAACGGUCGAAGCUUCCGGGGGAGCACCGAAGAGGAGCCCGACAACGUCCAGCAACAACCCGGCAAAGAGCGGUGGGCCGACGCUUCCUGCAGGAGCGUGGUGGAACAGACAGCAGCUGCUUGCUGUGGAGAGCCUGUGGGCAUUCACACUCCAGGCUGCUCUGCCAUGCCUGGAGGAGCAGCUCUGGGACCAGGUUCCUGAUCUUCCACAUGCAUCUGCAGCGAGACCUGCGGGACUUUGGGUGGAGGAACAGGGGUGGUGCGACCUCAGCAGUGAGGUUUCUACCUUCCCUGAACCGUCUCAUCUUUCUCUGAGUACGUCACGGAUCCCAGAUCCUGUCGGGCUCAGCUCCUCUCCAGAGGACCCCACAGCACACACCAGUGCGGUGCCAGAGCCACCUGUCAGAGGCCCGUCCUCCCACAGCAUGGAGAGCUCCACUCACUCUCCUCAAACCCUCAGCAAAACACGGCGGCCGUCCCUGCACAGCUGGGAGGAGGCGCUGCCAUCACCAGGAUUUUCCAGUGCUGGGAAGGAGGAGGGGAGGAAAGCGACUGGACCAGUCAGUAGGAAGCUUCCAACAUACUGGGUGAAGGUAUCUGACAGAGUUCCUCUGCAGAAUGAGGUCGAAGCUAAAAAGGAAGAGGAGGUGCAGGGCUGCAGCAAAAAAGAUGGAGGAGGAGCAGGUGGAGGAGCAGGAGGAGGACUGCAGAGUUGUCCCAUGUGUCUCCAAGUGUUCCCUGCUGGGUUCACGCAGAUGGACUGCGAUGGUCACCUGGCCCAGUGUCUGUCUGAAAUGAAUGUGGACAUGACCUGGUAAGCUGAAUCGAUGCCGACGGUCUACAAGGCGCCCGGUUGCUGCUCCGGGGUCGUAUCGCACAGAGGACGACGGUGCAGACAGCAGCCUGUGCAGAGAACUCAGCUGACUGAGCUGCAGUGAGAUCAGGAAACCAGAGUCCACCUCUUCGGUGCACGAGCACACCAUGUUUUCAUGAGUGAUUAGUCGUAAUGAGUGUUCAUUCAUGACGGCACUGCAGUGCACGUACACCCACUCAAGUAGAGCUGUGCUCGCAAGGUCACCCACCCUGGUAUAGACUCUGCAGCUAUCUAAUGCAGUUCUACAAUGUCAUGUUCUUCAUUUCUCUGCAUUGAUGGUGUGACUGCAGUGUAACACAUGAGCCUGACUAUUCUCAUUCAGUCCUGAUUCUUGCUGCCUGGAUUUCCAGCUGCUGUUUCUAUAGUCCCAGGGAGCAGGUGCAAGCGGUGCUUUUACUGGACAAAUGUACAUGAUGUAUGAUCCUUACUGCUCUUUUUGCAUUGUGCAUAUGUUUUGUGGGGAAUAUCCAGAGUUUACCACUAUAAUAUAAAUAUGGCAGUAACAGUG